AUGCGAGAGGCGAAGCUGGAGCCCAGCGUCAUUCAGCUACAACGCUGGGAUCAGCGCGUGCGAGAAAGGCGAGCAGUGGCAGCGGGCUAUGUCGCUGCUCAGCGAAAUGUGGGCGGCGACACUGAAGCCAAGCGUCAUUUCUACAGCGCCGGGAUCAGCGCGUGCGAGAAAGGCGAGCAGUGGCAGCGGGCCAUUUCGCUGCUCAGCGAGAUGCUGGAGGCGGAGUUGGAGCCUAAUGUCAUCAGCUACAACGCAGGGAUCAGCGCGUGCGAGAAAGGCAAACAGUGGCAGCGGGCCUUGUCGCUGCUCAGCAAAAUGCAGGAGGUGGAGUUGGAACCCAGCGUCAUCAGCUACAGCGCUGGGAUCAGCGCAUGCGAGAAAGGCGAGCAGUGGCAGUCGGCCCUGUCGCUGCUCAGCGAGAUGCGGGAGGCGGAGUUGGAGCCCAACGUUAUCAGUUACAAUUCUGGAAUAAGCGCGUGCGAGAAAGGCGGGCAGUGGUACUCAGCCGUGUUGUUAAUCAGCGAGAUGUGGAAGACGAAUUUGGAGCCCAAUGCCAUCAGCUAUAACGCUGGGAUCAGCGCUUGCCAAACACGCGAUCACUGGCAGCGGGCGGUGUCGCUAUUCACCGAGAUGUGUGAGGCGAAGUUGGAACCCGACGUCGUCAGCUACAGCGCCGGGAUCAGCGCAUGCGAGAAAGGCGAACAAUGGCAGCGCGCGUUGCUGUUGCUCAGCGAUAUGAAAGAGGCGAAGUUGGAGCUCGACGUCACGAGCUGCAACGCUGGCAUCAGCGCAUGCGAAAAAGGUGAACAAUGGCAGCAUGCAUUUGCACUGCUCAGCGAGAUGUGCGAGGCGAAGUUGCAGCCCGACUCAGCUAUAAUGCUGGAAUCAGCGCGUGCGAGAAGGGCGGGCAGUGGCAGCGCGCUCUGGCACUGCUUUGUGAGAUGCGAGAGACGAAGUUAG